AGUGCGUCAUUUGCCGGUUUUGAAAAUUGUUUCAAUAUUAAUGUCAAUACCUUGCUAUCGAUUGUUCGUCCUAACAACAGUUUAACAUGUUUUCUUUAUUACAGUAUUUCCAAGGUUCUCGCUUUCCCUCAAACACGUUUGCCUCUUCGUUCUGGUGUUACAAACAUCGUCGCUUGUCCUCACGAUGCGUUACUCAAGAACUACCCAUAAAGAGGGAGACCCAAUGUACAUCGCCUCUACUGCAGUAGUCUUCGCGGAAAUUUUCAAGAUCCUGGCAUGUGUGUUGAUAACUUUUCAUAGAUCUCAGUACAGAUGGUCUGUCUUUGUGAGAAGUUUACGGGAAGAGAUUUUCGAUAAACCUUGGGAGACAUUAAAGCUAGCAGUACCUUCUGGAUUGUACACUGUUCAAAAUAACCUUCUGUAUGUCGCGCUUUCAAAUUUGGAUGCUGCCACGUAUCAGGUUACUUAUCAACUCAAGAUUUUAACAACAGCAUUAUUCUCAGUUUGUAUGCUACAUAAAAAGUUAGGCAUGCUGAAGUGGGUUUCUCUGCUCCUUCUUAUGUUUGGGGUGACUCUAGUUCAGUGGCAUCCAGAUGCUGUCAAAGAGACUGCAUCAAAAGAACGUUCUGCAUCAGAACAGUUUAUUGGUCUUGUAGCUGUUCUCACAGCUUGUUGUUCCAGUGGGUUUGCUGGUGUCUACUUUGAGAAGAUUUUAAAAGGAUCCAAGGCCACCAUAUGGAUGAGAAAUAUCCAGUUAGGAUCUUUUGGUAUAAUAUUUGGCUUGAUUGCUGUGUAUGUAAAUGAUGGAAGUGCUGUACAAAGUCAAGGUUUUCUUCAAGGUUACAACAGAAUCACAUGGAUAGUUAUUGCACUUCAGGCCUUUGGUGGCUUAGUGGUGGCUGCGGUUGUGAAGUAUGCAGACAAUAUUUUAAAGGGCUUUGCUACAUCAGUAUCAAUAAUUGUGUCGUCACUCGUGUCAUUUUAUUUCCUUGGAGACUUCCAGCCAACAAAUUUCUUUUUUCUUGGUACGUGUGGAGUUUUAGCAGCCACAUUUCUGUACGGUAUGCCUGAGAGGACAACGUCACAGCAAGCACCACUAAAACCUGUGUAGUCAAAAACGCGAUCAAGUAAUCAGUUUGCUUCAGUAGAGAUGUGAUUUUAUUUGGCAGUACAUAGCAGUACAUGGAUUUAUGGGUGAAUUAAGUAGGGACAAGAGCGUGGGGAGUGUUUUUGUUUGCUCCCAGAAUUACGUCUGCAUACUUGUGUUAACACUGUUUCCAAAAAAUUGUUUAUAAAGUUACGCAAACAUCGUUCAUUUUUUACGAAGCGUUAUUAAGGGAAGGUUGCGAGGGUGUCCGCUUGAUAGAGUAUUUGCUGUCUGUAUUCGGGCUAGGGCAAGAAGGCCAUUUGGUCUCUUGCGUUUUCGUUCGCGUCACGAACGACGGUUGCGUCACGCUUGAAGCACUUGGAAGAAAAGGAGGGGCUGUUUGAUCUCAAACGCUUAACGCCCCCUCAGAUAAUGACCCAUUUUACGCGCCCCAAAACGCUCUUCGAAAAUGAUCCUCCCCAGCUUUAACUGCCCAAAAAUACCCCCUACACCAAACCGGGUGUAAGUGUUGGCUCUCCUCCAAAAUAAGCUCCUGAAAUACUUUUUAUCGAUGAAUAAUCUUAGAGCUCAUUACCGACAUUUUACUAUAGUAUGUACAUAACUUAUUAGAAGAAAGCUUAGGUACUGUUCAUAUUUUGUGGGAGUAUGGUUUUGGUUUGUAUAGGCGUGAAUUUUAACUCUCUCGACAAUAGAAGGAAACUUGCCCAUUAGUGGGUUAUUAUCAAAAUUUAUGUGUACAUGUAUCGCAGGAAAAUCUUCAAUUCUCUUCAUUUGUUGUUGAACAACAUGCAACAAAUGUUGGAAUACCACGCGUCUUAUUAACUCCCAUGGUGGUUUAUAACGUUAUUUUAAUAUUUUAACGACUUGGGUGGCAUUAUGUGUGUAACAUAUUAAAAUUGAAAAGCUUUUACGGUCUUAUUUAUUUCUUAAUUUAUUGUUUCAAAUUAUGAAUUACUUAUGGCACUGAUAACAAUAUUGAUAAUAUUAAAAACAGUAUAUUUAUAUUAUAUUGGUAUUGUUAAAUUUUAAGUUACGUUAACAUUGUAAGUAGAGUAGGCAUUUUUUUUUUUUCGUAUCUAAUGUAAUGUUAUUGCAAUAAAU